UUUCAUUCGUUGUUAGCAGUACCACAAAAACGCAGUUUCCACAUGCAAACAAAUCAGCCAUUGAAGACGAUUUUGUCAUUCACGCAGAAGUGGCACCGUACCCAAUGAGGUAAACGGAUUACUACAAUCUGUAUAUCAGUGGCCGGAGCCUUCUGACCCUAAGUGAAGCUACACGAGGUAUCCAGUGAGCAACGUACUGACACUGAUAUGGCCACCAGCAGUUCCUGUGUUGUGAUUGGUGACACGGAGGAAGGCUACGACCUCGACCUGUUUUGUAUUCCAAAGCAUUAUGCUGAUGACUUAGAGAGGGUUUACAUUCCCCACGGGCUCAUCCUGGACAGGACUGAGCGCUUAGCACGGGAGAUUAUGACUGAGAUGGGGGAGCACCACAUUGUGGCUCUGUGCGUGCUAAAGGGCGGCUACAAGUUUUUUGCUGACCUGCUUGACUACAUCAAAGCCCUGAACCGUAACAGCGACCGCUCCAUCCCCCUGACCGUAGACUUCAUCCGGCUCAAGAGCUACCACAAUGAUCAAUCCACUGGAGAAAUCAAAGUAAUUGGAGGAGAUGAUCUCUCCACUCUGACUGGAAAGAAUGUCUUGAUUGUUGAGGACAUUAUUGACACAGGAAACACCAUGAAGACAUUGUUGCAGCUCCUAAAACAGUACAAUCCCAAAAUGGUUAAGGUGGCCAGUUUGCUUGUGAAGAGGACGCCAAGGAGUGUUGGGUACAGGCCAGAUUUUGUAGGAUUUGAAGUCCCUGACAAAUUUGUUGUAGGAUAUGCGCUGGACUACAACGAAUACUUCAGAGAUCUAAAUCAUAUCUGUGUCAUCAGCGAAACAGGAAAAGACAAAUACAAGACAAUGGCCUGAGGAGAACUUCCCCCUUUGUUUUUAAAAUGUAUUCCUUCUGUAAUUUCAUUCCUUUUUACUUCGAUUUACCUGAAAAUGAACAUUUAAUCAGGCAGAUUUCCAGAUGCAUUUCUGUGAAUACCUGCUAAGACGAUUAAUCUUUAAGCAGCUCACAGUAACACACUUUAGUGUACAUCAGACCUGUGCUGGAUUGCUGUCUGUAGUGAAUUUCGUGGCAAGUGGUUUUGAACCAAUGCUGCUUUAGGAUUGUUUACAGUCAGAAAACGUGCAAUGCAGUAUGAUACAAAGACACAGGCCUGUCACUCGUGACAUAGCACAUUUGUGAAGCUACUUGUGACCAAAUAUCACAAACCAGUUGGGCAUGUAGCUCAGGUAUCAGUUUCACUUUCAGCUUGUGUGUAAUGUACAGUGUUAAAUCAUGGUCCUCCAUUUACUUCACAUAUUAGAUUCAGAUAUUCAGUUGAUUCAUUUGAUGGCAAAAGACCAAAAUUAUUUGAUAAUGUGGAUAUGAAUAUAACAUGAAAUGCACCAGAAAGUAAUUGGGUGAAGGAGAAUAUAUAAUGGAACCAACACCAUAAAUUAUGUAAUACAGGGAUUAAACCAAUUGUAUUGGGAAACAAAUAUUUUAAAAGUACAAGCCAUCACUUUAAUUUAAUGCUCAAGGUGGUUUGAAAAACAUUGCCUUGAAUAGUUGGUGAAAUGUAUACAUUUUUUUAAUCGGCUGUAGAAAUGCUUUUAUAACUGAACCACAGGCCAGGUCAUUGCUGAGAUUUUGAACUGUUGUGGCCUAUGCACCUUCCGUAGGGAAUAUCCUGCUCUUUCCUUACUACUUGAUUCAUUAGGCUACUGUGCAGAUUGGUGACUGCACAGGUAAAGGAGAUGCAUUGUUUCUUAAUGCUACUAGGGUUCUGUGUAGACCUGUUCAUUGUAUCUUUUCAAUUUUGCCAAGAUUCCGCAAUUGGUACUUCACACAUUAUGGUCUAUAUUAGUCAUAUACAUACACGCAAGACAACCAUGCAAGACAAGCAUGUUCGACUCCACCUUGCAAGACCAGCUCAGAAGAAUGCACUAUUAGGUUCUUGCAUUUUAAAAUAUCAACAAUUAAAAAUGGGUCUUGUUAAAAUGAAGACCAUUCCUACAGCCAAAUAUGAUCACUAUAGUUUGAAUCUUUAAUGUUGAUGGGCUCUCCAUAUGUGAAAUUCUUAAAAAAAAAGUUUUUUAAAUAAUUUGUUAAACUUGUAUUGACCAUCUGAUUCUAACCCCAAUGGCCAGGGGACUGCCCAGGCAAUGGCCUGGUUGAGGAUUAAAGGCAAAGUUCUGAAUCUCCUGGCUUCUCAAGUUUUUAUAGAGCCCAAAAAUGGCUGUCCUAAGGAAAAUCAGUAAAAACCGGCAUACCCUUUGACCCUGACGGCUAUGCAGGUUUAGUGAUUUUCCUUCAAUCAGCAGCCAAUCAGGGCCCCGGAAAAGAUCUGUGGGAACACAAAUCUAAGCCAGUCAGUCACCCAGCAGAUUCUGCAGCCCUAUAGGAGUGGAGUCCAGUGGAGGUGACCAGUGCUCUACACAAUUUCUGGACAUCUGUAAUGGAGCCCAGUAGCACACUUCUGCCUUUCACCUAAAUAUGAUCAGAACUGGCUGGAUGUAUCAAUUGUACUGAAUUCUGUAGUUUGACAAUAUAAAUACAAUAAAAUGGUUUAUACGAUAACAAUAAA